UAUUUCAGCGAGUUUUAUAAUAACUUUAACUGAUUUCUAAAAUGGCUGCCUGCUAGAGAUUUUAUAAAAAUGUUUUAAACAAUUUAAUUGGUAUAAAGAAGCAAUAUGCCGACAUCAGCAUUAAAAGAUAUAUAUUUUGAAGAAGAUGAUCUUCCUUAUGAGGAGGAUAUCCUUCGAAACCCCUACUCUGUCAAAUGUUGGCUUCGUUAUAUUGAACACAAGAAAGAAGCUCCAAAAAAUGUUAUAAACAUGAUAUACGAAAGGGCCAUUAAAGAAAUGCCUGGAAGUUAUAAAUUAUGGUAUAAUUACUUAAAGCUUCGAUGCAGGCAAAUCCGUGGUCGCUGUAUCAGUGACCCUGCUCAUGAUGACGUGGCUAAUGCAUAUGAAAGAUCUUUGGUCUUCAUGCAUAAGAUGCCUCGUAUUUGGCUUGACUAUUGCCAACUUCUUAUGGACCAAUGUAAAAUCACCUCCACUAGAUAUACAUUUGAUCGAGCUUUGCGUGCUCUCCCAAUCACUCAACACCAUAGGAUAUGGCCUCUAUAUUUACAGCUGGUAACUAUGUAUCCCUUACCAGAAACAGCUGUCAGGGUCUAUCGACGAUAUUUGAAGCUUAAGAAAGAAGAUACUGAACAAUAUAUUGAUUACCUAAUAUCUAUUGAUUGGCUUGAUGAAGCGGCACAACGUCUAGCAACUAUUAUAAAUGAUGAACAGUUUGUCUCAAAAAAAGGAAAAUCUAAACAUCAAUUAUGGAAUGAGUUGUGUGACCUAAUUGCAAAACAUCCUGACAAAGUAACUUCUCUAAAAAUUGAACCAAUUAUUCGACAAGGUCUCAAAUUGUAUUCUGAUCAAAUUGGAGUCCUUUGGAAUUCAAUGGCUGAUUAUUACAUUCGAGGUGGACAUUUUGAAAGAGCUCGUGAUAUCUAUGAAGAAGCUAUUCAGACAGUCGUAACAGUCAGGGAUUUUACCCAGGUAUUUGAUGCAUAUGCUCAGUUUGAGAAAAAUAUGGUUAGUGCAAAAAUGGAAGCCAUGUCUGAUUCAGGAACAUCUCAAGAAGAUGAUCUUGAUGUUGAAUUACGAUUAGCAAGGCUGGAACAUUUGAUGGAUAGGCGUCCUCGUCUCUUGAACAGUGUGUUACUACGUCAGAAUCCACAUAAUGUCCAUGAAUGGCACAAAAGAGUAAAACUAUUUGAAGGAAAACCUCGAGAGGUUAUCAAUACUUAUACAGAAGCUGUCCAAACUGUGGACCCAAAACUAGCCACUGGAAAAUUAUACACUCUUUGGGUGGAAUUUGCUAAAUUUUAUGAAAAUGCUCAGCAAAUUGAUGAUGCUAGAAUAAUCUUCGAGAAAGCUAUCAAAGUACCAUUCAAACACGUUGUAGAUAUUGCCUCAGUUUGGUGUGAAUGGGCUGAAAUGGAAAUUCGUAACGAAAAUUAUGACAAUACUCUAAAAUUAAUGCAAAGAGUAACUACACCACCUUCACGGAAAAUUUCUUAUCAUGAUGAGACUGAAACAGUCCAAGAUCGUGUACACAAAUCGCUAAAAGUGUGGUCAUUUUAUGCAGAUUUGGAAGAGUCAUUUGGUACAUUUAAGAGUUGCAAAGCUGUUUAUGACAGGAUUAUUGAUUUAAGAAUUGCUACACCACAGAUUAUCAUCAAUUAUGGCAUGUUUCUUGAAGAGAACAACUACUAUGAAGAAGCAUUUAAAGCUUACGAGAAGGGAAUUGCAUUGUUUAAAUGGCCUAACGUUUAUGAUAUAUGGAAUACAUACUUAACAAAGUUUAUUGAAAGAUAUGGUGGUAAAAAACUUGAGCGGGCUCGUGAUCUUUUUGAGCAAUGUCUAGAAGGAUGCCCACCUAAAUAUGCUAAAGCUAUUUAUUUGCUCUACUCUAAAUUAGAAGAAGAACAUGGCCUUGCUCGCCAUGCAAUGAAGGUGUAUGACAGAGCAAUUGAAGGUGUACUUGAAGAAGAAAAACAUGAGAUGUUCAACAUUUACCUCAAGAAAGCAGCUGAAAUUUAUGGUGUGACUCACACUCGAAGUAUCUAUGAGAAAGCUAUUGAAAUAUUAGCUGAUAAUCAAUCUCGAGAAAUGUGUCUAAGAUUUGCUGACUUAGAGCGAAAACUUGGGGAAAUAGAUCGUGCCCGAGCUAUAUAUGGUCACUGUUCUCAAAUGUGUGAUCCUAGAAUUACGCCAGACUUCUGGAAAACCUGGAAAGAGUUUGAGAUUAAGCAUGGCAAUGAAGACACUGUACGUGAAAUGUUACGAAUCAAGAGAAGUGUACAAGCAACUUAUAACACACAGGUUAAUUUCAUGUCUGCUCAAAUGCUAGCUGCGACAAAUACAAAAGGAGAUGAACCAAACACUGAAGUAAAUGAAAUGAAGAAACUUGAAGAGAAGGCCCGUCAACUCGCUGAAGAGGCUGUCUCAGACCAGAUCAAACCAGACAAAGGAAUCUUGUUUGUGAGGAGCAACACUACAGAUGAAGAUUUGGGAGAAUAUACCAAGACAACGAAUCCUGAUGAAAUUAAUAUUGAUGAUGACUUUGAUACUGAUGAAGAUGAAGAAAUUGAAGAAGUGAAUCUUCAACAACAAGCUGUUCCUGCUGAAGUUUUUGGAAGUCUUGCUUCUGAAGAAAAUGAAAACGAUGAAUGAAAAAAGCAUUUAUUACUCAAAAUAAAUUUUAUAUAAAUUUGUA